UACUGCAAGUCGAAUGCCGGUUGCUCCUGCAUAGAAACACGUGGAAACUGAGUGGAAAUCGGGAAUAAAUUUAUACGGUUGUAAAAGUUUUGCAAACUGUUUUAGAGGUUCUGGAGACUCGACCCGUCUCUGGGAGAAUGUGAUUUGACAGCAGAGCUCACACGCGGAAUAAUAACCAGCAGUCAGUCUGUUAGCAUUAGCAUUGAAGCUCAUAUAAGGCAGCAGGAGUGACCAGCUGCUCUCAUUUAACUCGCCAAUGCUGUAUUUCAUCGGUCUUGGUCUCGGUGACGCGAAGGACAUCACGGUAAAAGGAUUAGAAGUAAUCAAAGGAUGUAGUCGGGUUUAUUUGGAAGCCUACACGUCCAUCCUGACUGUGGGGAAAGAAGCUCUGGAGGAGUAUUAUGGCCGUGAGCUGUUGCUGGCAGACAGAGACAUGGUAGAGCAGGAGGCAGAUGAGAUUCUGAAGGGGGCUGAUGUCAGUGACGUUGCUUUCCUGGUGGUGGGGGAUCCAUUCGGGGCAACAACUCACAGUGACUUGGUCUUGAGAGCAGUGAAUGCUGGGAUACAGUACCGGGUCAUCCAUAACGCCUCCAUCCUGAACGCAGUGGGCUGCUGUGGACUUCAGCUAUACAGCUUUGGUGAGACUGUGUCCAUUGUGUUCUGGACGGACAACUGGAAACCAGAGAGCUUCUAUGAUAAGAUCAAGGGGAACAGAGACAUGGGCAUGCACACGCUGUGUCUACUGGAUAUCAAAGUCAAAGAGCAGUCCAUGGAGAAUCUAAUGAGGGGUCGUAAGAUUUACGAGCCGCCUAGGUUCAUGACCGUGGCUCAGGCAGCCGAGCAGCUCCUGGAGAUUGUGCAGAACCGCAGAGAACAAGGAGAGGAACUGGCGAUCACUGAGGAGACGGUGUGUGUGGGUCUGGCUCGGGUGGGAGCCGAUGACCAGGCCAUUCAAGCAGGGUCUCUACGAGAGAUGGCUUCGUGUGACCUGGGAGGACCACUGCACUCCAUGAUCAUCACUGGACACCUCCAUCCACUCGAGGUGGACAUGCUCAGGCUCUUCAGCGGCCCAGAGAGUCUAAAAGGCCUAAAAAUGACCGGCAGUUCCACAUACAUCUCCUGAGAACCUCAGAAAAACCUGAAGAAACACUGGGCUUCAGUGAAUAAACAUUCCGUGAGGAAAACUGUUAGAUCAGGUGGUCUGUCUGAACUCCAGCACUGCCAGAGUUGAAAGGAAACCACACAAAUUACAUAAUUGUUAUUUCAGGUCAAACAAAUCUAGUCCAGUCCACCUUCCAGCCAGGCUAUGGCUCUGUUCAUUACGGCGAUCAAGCUAGGGCCAAUUUAUUAGCUUUAUGUGAGGCCUUGGUGCGUAUCGUGUGUCAGAAAAUGGCAUAACAGAAUUACAGAGGAGGAAACAGAAAAAAAAUCAUCUGGCUCAAAUUUAGUGCCACUGAAAAGUGAAGCUCUCCUGCAACUUGAAGCUGUGCUUCUGACUAGCAUUGGCUUUCAAAAUGCAAAUGCUUUAAACAUGAAUACGAGCAUAGAGCAUAUUUUUAUGUCCCGAAAAAAUGGUAUUGUCAGCCUGAACAAGGCUUUGUCAUGUUGCUUUGAUCCCUCCAAUAAAAGCCAUUUGUUUUAUUCCA